AUGGACGACCCACCCUCGCCCCGACGCAACCUGCGCGGACAGGUGCUCCGAGUGCUGACGUUCACCCAGAAUUCCUCGGCUCUGGUGUUUUCUGUCUUCCUCGGCGUCCAUCUGGCGUCUCCGCUCAGUGCUGCAAUUGGUGGAUCCUCAUUGGCUGACAAGACAAUGAUGAUUGCGAGGGACUACUACCUACCUUAUGAGCCCUUGCUCGUCUUUGCGCCUAUCGCUGUUCACUUGAGCUCAUCUCUCCUCCGCCGAAUCAUCAUCUCGUCUCAAACUCGUCGACUCCCACCUCUCACGCCUCAUAUCCUUACUGGAUACGCACUGCCAUUCUUUCUGAUCCCUCACAUCCUCUCUCAUCGUAUACAUCCUUCGUCUCCUCAUCCUCCCAUCUCACGUCUCAGUCCCUCCGAAUUGGACUUUGAGUUCGUAGGUUGGAGUCUGAGGAAAUGGCCAGGAUGGAGUGUGAUCUCCUACGGGGGCCUCGUCCUCAUUGCGUGCUGGCACGCAGGCGUAGGCAUGAUGAAGAUCGUCUCUUGGCUGCGAGGUCCAAGAGUCACAGGCGGCACAGACCCAGCGCCUCGACGCAAGAUCUCUGGAGGACGAAAACUUGGACUGAGGGGCAUACUCGGCGUCGUCCUUGGAGUCGUAGGCAUCGGUCUGGUCCGUAUCGCCAGGGAUACGGGUAAAGUCAGUCGAAUCAUGGAGACUAGAUACGAAGCGGUCUAUGCAAGUCUCCCAUGGGGGUCACUGUUGCGUUGA